AUGAAGAAAAUUAUUGCCAAUGGAAAUGAAAGAAAAUUAUUGUUGAUACAUCAAAAAUUUGCAUCAUCAACACUCCGAAAUUAUUCAAAAUCAUCAUCAUCACCAUCAGCUAUUUUUGAAAAACCAAUACAAUUAUUUAAUAUUGAUAAAAGUAAUACUCAACUUGCACAUUUAUUAAUUAAUGAUAAGAAUAAUUUUGGAUAUAGUAUUAAUGUUAAAUUAGAUAAGAGUCCUAUUAAUUUUCUAACUUAUCAUCAUUUCAAUAAUUUAAUUGUUGAGAAAUUAAAUUCAUGUUUUAAUUAUUCACCUUAUAUUUAUCCGAGUAUAUUUUCUAUUGAUACUCAUCAAGAGGUACAAACAUUUCAAUUCACAACAAAUAAUCAAAGACAAUACAAACAAUUAAUAGAUAUAUUUAAUAAUCAAUUAUUCUUUCCUAAUUGGAAUUCUAGAUAUAUUGAGGAAUUAGUUCUAAAUUCAUUAGAAGGUUUGAAUGUGUUGAAUCAUACAGAUGGACAAGCAAGAUUUUCUAAAUCUCUCAUCAGUCAUCUCUAUGACAACACAAUACCAAGCUAUGAGGAAUGUGUGAAUAUUUUGAAAAAUACCAAUUCGUACAAUUUGAGACAAGAUUUCGAGUCAAAAUAUAAUCCUAGUAAUUCUCUCUUUAUUUCUUAUGGAGAUAGUGCAGAGAUGGUUGUAAAAUCUUUGGAAAGUCUUCCAAAACAAACUAAUAGUAGCAGUAGAAAUGAAUUAAUUGUGGAGUCAUUGAAAGAUACCAGUACAUUUGAAUUUGUAGAACAUGUUCCAUUCGAGAAUAAUCUCCCAGAGAAUGCCCAAUCAAGAAUUGCAAUUGCAUACAAGCUUGAUUGUGAUAUUACAAACCAACAUGACUAUAUUCUCUUAUCUAUUCUGGCAAGAUGUCUCCAAGAUACUUAUCCAUUCGAGUUGGGUAACUUCUCAUUGUCUCCACUCCAAAUCAGUGGUAUUAAUGCUUCACACAAUCAAUGCUCGUUCAUAAUUGGUGUUGAAGGUGUUACUAAUAAUGAUUUACCAAUUGUAAAGAACAAGUUAUUGAGAAUGAUGGAGAAUAUCAAUACUAGAUCUGCAUCUCACUACUUGAAUCAAAUUGAAAUGGAAUAUUCUACACUCUUCAAUUCAACAUUGCGUAUUCAUGAAAUUUUACUUCACUCUUGGGUUUCUGAGCAGAAUAUUGGUGAUUCCCUCUCCACUGGUAGUUCAAACUCUCUCAUUCAAUUGGCGAAUAUUAGAAAGGAAAUUGAUGAAUGUGGUGGAAUUGAAAGGAUACUUUCUCAACUUGUUCAAAAGUAUUUUUCCACUAAUAAGAAUUAUGUACUUCUCACUCAGACAGGAAACAAGAAUGUUCAUCUCCCUACCAUGUCCAAGAUUAGUGUGAAUCAAAACUUGAGUUUUGCCUCUAAUAUUAAUGAGAGCUAUGAUAUUGAUACUGAUAGCUGUAUUUCUGAAUCAUUUAUUAGUAAUUCUGUAGAGUCAUACUUGAAUGGUAGAUUUUUAUUCAAUAUUCAGGAAUCGAAUGGAGAUCUUAUUGAUAUUUCUCUUGUAAAGUAUGACAAUGUUUUCGUUACAAAGGAUGAAAAUAGACUCCACGACAUUAUUUAUUAUUCAUCAAUAGCAAAACUCAUAACUCAACUUGGAGCUCGUGAUGCGUCUAGAGAAGAAAUGGAUGAAUUCAAAGAAAAGUACUUCCCAAGAGGAAUACAAACUAGUGUCAAGAUUUUACACGACAAAUUUGAUCCAAAUUCUGUAAAGUGUGGUAUUGUGCUGAGAACGCAGGUUAUUAGAAAGAAUUUAUACAAGGCACUGGAUGUAAUGGACGCCAUGUUAUCUGACUCUGAAUUGAAAGAUAUGCCACCUCAUUUAUUAAAUGAUGAGCUUAUAAAGCAUAUCAUUGAUGAGGUAAAUCAAGAGAUAUCAGAUCAAAUUGAUAUUAUUGGGUUGGCUAGAUUUUCCUCAGAAUCCAAAACUUCUCCAAUAUCGAAAUUAGAGGAUGUUGCUGGUGGAACAACCCAUUUAGCAUUUUUGGAAGAAGCCAAAUUAAAAUCCCUUAAAUCAUUUAAGAAUUAUAUUUCUCAAUUCUAUAGACAAUUGACAACACGUUUUGGAUAUAAAUUAAUGCUUACUGCAAGUUCGAAACAUAGGGACAUGGUUUGUCAAGUUGCAAAAGAUUUUAUGGAAUCCAAUUCAGACAUGUUACAGGAAGAAAUACCAGAAAAUAACAAAUUUGGAAAGGUAAUAGAAGCCUCCAAAGAAAAGAACAGAUACAUUACCAUUCCACCAAAUACUAUUUUAGAAGGUUCAAGAAUAAUAUGUAGAGGUGGUAAAAGCGUUCCACUAACUGAUGACAAAGCACCUCAUUUCUUCCUACUCGCGCAAAUAUUUAAUGAAAAGCUUUUCAAGAAUUCAGAGAGUGAUUGCCGAGCUCAUCAGUCAAUUAAUGGUUCAUUCUCAAUUAUUGGAAUUACUCGUGAGGACAUCAAAAUGUUCCUUUAUGAUCUUGAUGAGCAAGUGAGAUCAUUUGUUGAUUUUGCCAUUGAUGAGAUUUCCAUUGAAGAAUUUAAUCGUUUAAAGAUGAAUGUGAUGAGAGAAUUGGGAGAUUCUGUUACAAUACCAGCACACGAGAGAGCUACCAAGCUAUUCAAUUAUGGAAUAUCCUAUGAUGACUAUUCAAAGUUCAAAUCAACACUCUUAAAGAGUACCAUUGAGGAAUUAAAAUCAGCUGCAAAUUCCCAAUUUGGUUUCCAACAAGAACAAGGAUUUGUGUUAACUGUGAUGGGUACUGAGCUUGAUACUCCAGAUGAAGUUAAAGUCAUGUCAAAGGAUAGAAAUGGUUCUUGGGAAAUUGUUGGUAGUUCCAGUACUAAACGAGUUGGGUUGGAAGAAUACAUGUUGGGCUCUCCAGAAGAUGGUGAGGCCAAACAGAAGAGUGAAAUAGAAAAUCUAGAUUCGAAAUGUAGUUUUUAA